AUGUCCACAUUAGAAUCAUCUACAAGUGAAAGUGCAUCAACUGUGCAAACUACUGUGUACACAUUGCAAACUACUGUGUACACAACAGGUACCUCUCCAUCUUCACCAUCUACUUCAACAGAGGGUAAAAGUACAUCAGAAUUAACUUCAUCAGGAACAGAUGUAGCUUCUACAUAUACAACAGCGACAUCCCUAAUGCCCACAUCCACAUUACCUACAAGUGAAAGUGGAUCAACAAUUUCACCAUCUAUGACGACAGAAGGGCAAAGUACAUCAAAAUUGUCAUCAGCAACAGCAAUAUUUUCAACUACUGUAGAGCAAACAACAAGUGAAAGAAGUUUGACACUGGAAACUACAUCUUCCUCUAUAGGGACCUCUCCAACUUCACCAUCUAUGAUGACAGAAGGACAAAGUACAUCAAAAUUGAUUAAGUUCAACACCAGAAACUACAUCUUCCUCGAUAGAGACCUCUCCAAAUUCCCAAUCUACGAUGACAGAAGGACAAAAGUCACAUCCCCAAUGUCAACCUCCAAAUUAGAUUCACCUACAAGUCAAACCGGAUCAACAUUGCAAUCUACUGUGUACACAGCAGGUACCUCCCCAUCUACUUCAACAGAAGGACAAAGUACUUCAGAAUUAACUUCAUUAGGAACAGCAAUGCCUUCAUCUACUGUAGAGCAAACAACAAGCCAGCACACUCAAACCACUCUGUUUAGUUCUAUCACAGAAACAGAACCUACAACGACAGCUCAAUCAACAUUUACAACAGCUUUGUCCCCUAUGACUGAAACCACAAUAGAAUCAUCUACAAGUGAAAGAACUUCAACAGUGGUAACUACAUCAUCCUCAAUAGGUACAUCUCCAUCUUCAAUGUCUUCUGGAACAGACGGACAAAGUACAUCAGAGAUGAUUUCAUCAACAACAGAAAUGCCUCCUUCUAAUUCAGCACAAACAACAAGCCAGGAGACACAAAGCUCUAUU